AUGGUGAAUAUUGCAAACGCUAUCACGCUUUCUAGAAUUCCAAUGCUCUUCAUGAUAGUAGCCUUUCUUUACUCAAAGAAACCAUAUUCUGCGACAAUUGCAACCAUUAUCUUCUUCUUUGGUGCAUGGACAGAUUGGCUUGACGGAUAUCUUGCAAGAAAACUCCAUAUUUGCUCAUCACUAGGCGCAUUUGUUGAUGCAGUUACAGAUAAGAUCUUUAUGAUUGGGCUUUUCAUUACAAUGCUGUUAUUAAAUAUCGUUCCUCACUGGACACUGUUUUUCAUCAUCCUAAUUCUUCUUCGAGAGUUCCUUAUUACAGCACUUAGAGCAGUUGCGGCUACUCGUUCAAUUGUAAUUGCAGCAGAGAAAGCCGGCAAAAUUAAAACUGUGAUUCAAAUGAUUUCUUCGAUCACACUCCUCAUUUGGUUUACACUUAUCAAAGACUAUCCUGAUCUUGUUUCCUCCAAAAUUCUAGAUUAUUUACACAAAUUAGGAAUUGCUCUUUUUGCUAUUGCAACAUUCAUGACAGCAUUCUCUGGUGUUAAGUAUAUCAUAGAUUAUCGUCAGGUUCUUGCUGAUAUAUAA